ACAACAGGCCUACAAGCCCUCAGUCCAGCCUCUCUCAGCCUAUUGUGGACAGUCUGAACACUGAUGGAGGGAUUGUGCUAUUCGGAUGUACCGAUCCUGUGCAGCUGCCUGUGUUGUGACUCUUAAUAAUGGAUGAGGUGCUAUCAGAAGAGGAAUUCUACUUUUAAAUGAAGAAAUAUGGCAGACUCUGUAUGCUGUGAUCUGAUCCUAAAGGCAAUAUUCAUAUGCCUCCUUAAAUCUGCCUUCAGCUACAGUUUCAGGAGUUGCACAGAGAUCCCAGAUUCAAACCAUACAAUCUUUGGAUGUAUUAAACGACAAGAACCAGAUAUAAUUACAAUUGUACAUGAUCUGCCUCACACUGCAACAAAUCUCACAAUUACUCGAUGUAACCUUUCAGAAGUUAAGGAGCGUAGCUUCCAACAUCUUCCUAAUCUGAAUUCUCUGGUACUGGACUAUAACCACAUUGUUAAAAUUCACAAAGAUGCUUUCAUUAAUCUGUCACAACUUCAGACUUUAAACUUGUCAUGCAAUGACUUAUCAUCUCUCCACCAUGUCUUCCAUGACCUGCAUAACCUCACAGAGCUGCUCCUGGGAAACAACAAGCUCAAUACUAUUGACCCGUUACUGUUUUUCAAUUUGACAAACCUGAAGACUCUUGACUUACGCCGGAACUACCUGCAUAACUUCUCAGUUUUGGUUCAAAGCAUAAUGCACCUGUCCCGCUUGACAAAACUGGACCUUUCUUAUAACAGUCUAACGACACUGCAUCACUCCACCUGCUUGCCACGGUCACUUACCAGCCUCUAUCUUAGUGAUAAUAAACUAUACACACUUGGAUGUGACAAGUCUUUCCUAAAGUAUGUCAAAGUGCUUGAUUUUUCAGACAAUACAAGACUUUCAUCCAAGGCUUUUCAGGACCUGAAUUUGGAGAACAUAAAAUACCUGCGUUUGCGCUUUACCAACGUCACUGUGAAGAAGCUUCUUGAUUAUACCAAUGUAUCACGUUGGCACAUUGACUUCUCUGGUUUGAAACUGAAGGACAAUCGUGCAUUGUCUAAACUGUGUUUUCUUUUACAACACCACCACUCUAAAGAGAAACAAAUAUCUAAACUGAUCCUCCAGAGCAAUUCCAUAACAUUUCUAAAGAACAAUACGUUAUCUUAUUGUCCCAGUGUGACUGAUGUAAUAGACCUCUCACGGAAUGAGAUGAAGAACACAGGCUGCUUGCAGUUUCUGAAUGGUCAGAACCAACUGAAAACUCUGAAGAUUGAACAUAACCAUUUGACAAGAUUAGUGUCCUGCAACAAAACAAAUAAGUUCCACAGUCUGAGAAACCUGAGCUAUCGAUACAAUCGUAUUCUACAAGUCAGUGGUUUCGCCUUCAAUAAUACACCCAAGUUAACAAAUCUUGAGCUAAACAUAAACAUAAUUGCCUAUCUAGACCAUAAAGCCUUAAGUGGGCUCAAAAAUCUCAUCACACUUCGUCUAGACAACAAUCUCUUGACUGAUGUCUAUAAUGACAGUUUUAUAGAUCUAAUCAGCCUCAAGACUCUUAACCUGCGCAACAACAAAAUAGCUGUGAUUUUCAACUAUAGCUUUCAUACUCUUUCAAAUUUAACCAUUUUAGAUUUAGGUGGGAACAAAAUCACACAGCUGAAGCCACAUGCAUUUGAUGGGCUGUUUAGCUUGACCAAUCUCUAUUUAGAUAGAAAUCGUCUGAAAGACAUUGACGGCAUGCUCUUUGGGAGACUUCACACCACCCUGAAAGUGCUGGAUUUACAGGCUAACCACAUUCAGUAUUUCACAGAACAUACACACUCUCCAUUCAUAAAUCUGACAAGGCUUCUUGACCUGAAACUUGAUGCACAGGAGCCAUAUGGCAUAACCUUGUUGCCUCGUGCAUUUUUUCGUGGCCUAAAAUCUUUGAAAAGUCUUUACCUCACCAAUAACCAUAUCUCUGGGUUUGGUGAAGAAACAUUUGAUGACCUGCUAAACUUGGAGUUCCUAACACUGGAUAACACAGGUGUUGGUAUCGCCCAACUUAAACCGGGUAUUUUCAAAAACCUUAGAAAACUGAAGCAAUUAUUUGUAGAGAAUAUGGGCAUUAAAUCUUUCUCUAAAGAGGUCUUUGGAAAUCUCACAGGACUGAAGGUCCUACAUCUGAAUCGCAAUGCCAUGCUGUCUUUGGACAUACACUUACUGGACAGUCUUACCAAUCUGUCAUAUAUUGAUUUGCGUAGUUGUCCUCUCAGUUGUGGAUGCCAGAAUAGUGAUUUACAGAACUGGACCAAGAGCAACCAACGACUCCAGUUUCCAUAUCUCUACAAUAUUACAUGCCAAGACCACCCAGGGUCAUACUUUCACAACUUUGACACCAAUGUCUGUUAUUUGGACUUAGGACUCUACCUAUUUUCUUCAACUUAUGCAUUCACGGUUUUAUUAACCUUAUUGCCACUUCUCUAUGUCAGACUUUACUGGAAAUUUAAGUAUGGCUACUACGUCUUUCGAUCAUGGUUUGGAGAACAGUGGCGUCGUUUGCGGGACCAGGAGGAGAAAUACAAUUAUGAUGCCUUUAUUUCCUACAACUCAGCAGAUGAAAAUUGGGUAAUGGAACAGCUUUUGCCAAACCUAGAGAGUUCUUCAUUUCGACUCUGCCUUCACCACCGCGACUUUGAGCUUGGCCGUGAUAUUGUUGACAACAUUGUGGCUGCCGUAUAUGGCAGUCGCAAAACAAUCUGCGUGGUCAGUCAGAGCUUCCUUCGCAGUGAAUGGUGCUCUCUGGAGAUCCAGCUAGCCAGCUACCGCCUCUUUCAAGAAAUGCAGGAUGUGCUUUUGCUGGUCUUCCUGGAGCCGAUUCCUGAGCGACAAUUGUCCACUUAUCACCGUAUGAGGAAGGUAAUGCUCAAAAAGACCUAUUUGCAGUGGCCUGGGUCAAAGUGUUCUGAUCCAACCAGUGCAAAAGAACUGUUCUGGAGCCAGCUAAAGAGAGCACUAAGGAGCAGUAACACUGGAAGCCAAGAGGAGCAUAAGGAGGAUGAUCAAAGGAGAGAAAGAGUGGGUGUGGGCAUAGAGGAAAGAGAAUAUUUUGUAAAUCAGACACCAAUAGAUGAUGAACUAUAUUACCUGAUGCCCUGACUUACUUCCUGAAAUUAUAUUUUUAAACUAUACAGUUCACGUGAUGCAGCCACUGAAGUUGGACGUGUGUCUGUGAGCUCCUGGUGUGCCUCAUCAGUCACUACUAUCUUACUGGUAUUAAGAUCCAACUGAGAUCUCCAUCACAGCAAAGAUGGCAGCUGACCAAGAAAAGCCAAAUCUCUCAUGAAAGCAAUUCGGAAUUCUAAUGACGAAUUGACCUGUCACAUAAACAAGAAGACAACCGACAUCCAAACUUCACUGACCAAAAUCGAGUUAUCACUCUCAACUAUAGCCGAGCAGGUUGAUGAGAUGCAGACCCAGGUAGGUGCUAACAAGGAUAAAUUGAGAGACACCUGCACUCAAAUGGAAAAGAUGGAAAAAGAGAUUGCUUUUCUGAAAGACAAAGCAGACAACCUUGAAAACCAGAGCAGGAGAUCAAACAUAAAGAUCACAAACAUCCCAGAGAAAUCUGAGGGCAAUGACAUGGUCGGAUACCUAGAACAUCUCAUCCCACAACUGUUAGAGAACGAUAACUUUGCAUCCCCGAUCACCCUGGAGAGAGCUCAUCGCCGGAUCAGACCCAUCAAAGUAAAAUUCUUAAAUUACAAGGAAAAAGACAAGGAACUCUGGUUAGCCAGAGACAAAAAAAGCUGUGUACCUUUCUACAGCAACGAGAUUCAACGUUGGAUGAAAAACACUGAAUAUGCUAACUGUUACCUGGCUAAACUAAGGAUCCGACAUCAAGAAGGAUUCAAGCUAUUCUCGACUGCAUCCGAAGUUGAGACUUUCCUCACCGAGAUGGAGAAGGUCUAGCGGAGACUUUUUCUUACCCCUACGGAAUGAACACUUGCUGUGGAAUUGACAAGGAAUCGCUGAGAUUUAAUACAAGUUAACCCAAUAUAUCAAACAUCAUGCCAUCUACAGUAUGGCAAAGCUAACAUUAUUUAGUUAUUCGAUAGGCUAAGGCAGUAUUUGGUUUCUAUGUUCUGUGCAUGGACAGCACAAUUUACCUAAUUUUUUUACACCUUGUGUUGUAAGAAUGUUCUCUUAUGGAGUCUGAUAAUAAUUAGCAACUGUUGAGGCUACCUAGCCAGUUUAGAAGUGCGAACAUACCUACCCUAUGUUCUUUGUUCGGGGAUUGUUAUUCACAGGGUGGGUUCUAUUUUUUUUUUUUUUUUUUUUGGUGGGGGUUAUGCAUGGUCUUCAAUUGUUUCAUCAAUCUCAGUUAUCGUAAUACUACAAUUAAUGUCCAGAAUUAAUAUUUAUUUUUCCUUUUUUGUUUGUUCUCUAAAUAUGGGAUGCAUGCCCUCUCUGUAUAUUUUUAUGUAAUAUAAAUAUGGCAGAUCGAUUGAGCAGUCUCUCACUGAAUGUCAGAGGAAUUAAUUCCCCAAUUAAGAGAAAAAACUCCUAACAUAUCUAAAGAAACAAUCCAUCGAUAUUGUGUUCAUUCAAGAGACCCAUCUCACUGAUCUAGAACAUAUGAAGCAACAGCUGAAGUCAGAAGUUUACAUACACCAUGGCCAAAUACAUUUAAACUAAGUUUUUCCACAAUUCCUGACAUUUAAUGGUAGAAAACAUUCCCUGUCUUAGGUCAGUUAGGAUCACUACUUUAUUUUAAGAAUGUGAAAUGUCAAAAUAAUAGAAGAGAGAAUUACUUAUUUCAGCUUUUAUUUCUUUCAUCACAUUCCCAGUGGGUCAGAAGUUUACAUACGCUUUGUUAGUAUUUGGUAGCAUUGCUUUUAAAUUGUUUAAAUUGGGUCAAACAUUUUGGGUAGCCUUCAACAAGCUUCUCACAAUAAGUUGCUGGAAUUUUGUCCCAUUCCUCCAGACAGAACUGGUGUAACUGAGUCAGGUUUGUAGGCCUCCUUGCUUGCACACGCUUUUUCAGUUGUGCCCACAAAUGUUCUAUCGGAUUGAGGUCAGGGCUUUGUGAUGGCCACUCAAAACCUUGACUUUGUUGUCCUUAAGCCAUUUUGCCACAACUUUGAGGUAUGCUUGGGGUCAUUGUCCAUUUGGAAGACCCAUUUGCAACCAAGUAAGAUCUUUGUCCUGUAGGGUCCGCCCACUGGUCCAAGGACGGCAGCCAAUGGCGCGGUAGAAGGGUAUCUAUGUGUUACUGUUUUUCCUUUUACGCAACACUACAAGAUUAAAUACAUUUCCUUAUAUGUAUUACUUCUUUAUUUCAUCUGACUCCAAUAAUGAAAAAAGGUUUAAAUUAUGUUUGUUAAUCAUUAAAUUUAGGUGAAUGUUUGAUUAUUCUAUUUAACACUAUAUUUACAUUCUACACUCGUUCAUCCGGAUUCCUACAACACUUUGAGUCUCGCACUGGCCUGGUAUAUGAUCUCAUAAUCACAAAUUCGUCAGUCUUGGUCAUUAGACAGAGGCGAGUGACUAAUAUCCUAGAUGGUCGUACUCCACUUUGCUCAUUCUAGAAUAUAUUAUCUAGUCCCCAUAGAUCUGAACACACUUAAGGUAAGACUAUAUCUAACCUGAGGUCAUGACCAUUACCAUAGAACUGAGCUGACCAACUUAACUUCUUCUAAUGGUAACUUUGUAUAAUCAUGCCAUGGUUUCCCACGUAUACUUAGUUAAAAUAAUUUUACAGUAAUCAGAGGUUGAGGCCCACCCCUAUUUAGAUUGGUCUGACAACACCUUGUUGUUCUAAAUGGAAAAACCCAUUAUUAGCCUCUACAGUCUAAGUAUACAUGACUAAUGCCAAUGUGUUAGUCGGAGCUCUAAAACAUCAGUCGGUGUGCCCCUCUGCUCCAUCGAAGCUAUAUUUUAGUCCUUUAUUAACCUGAGUGUAGAUUUGUGGUGUUAUGGACUUAACGUAAUCUACUAGAGUUAAUAACACAAGGUCAAUUAGAAUAAUUUUAAACAUAACAAUUUAUUUACCAGGUAACAAAACAAUAAUUCAAAAUCCAAUUCAAAGAAUAAAAUCAUUAGCCAAUCACAUACAAUAUCAACAAUUCAGAGAUCAAGGAAUUUAAGAAUAUUUACCUGGCAAUGAAAACUACACACAGCGAUCGUGCGGGAGAUCUGUCUACAGAUUCCCUGAGCUUCUUGCCAAGUUUCUGUAAAUAUCCAGACAGAAUAAACAUUGUGUACCAAAUGGUAUUAUCCUUUGAACAAUGAGAAUUUGGGGGUGAAUGGGUUCUUGACUUCCUGGGGUUUAACCUUGUUAACAUACAGGAGAUCAUUUAAAUUGUAGGUCAAGGAGGGGGAUAGACCUCCAGAAUUAUGCAGUAUUUGGCAAAGACCUUAUAACUUUGUUACCAUUAGUUUUAUCCACAUAGGAAAGAGACCACUAUAUCAGUCACACAGAGACCUCUUAAAUGAAAUCAAACACAUACAGUUGCAUUCUUUGUUUUCAUGGUAUUUGUUAUAUUUUUACAUAUAAAUCUUGUGUCUUUGUAUUGGUCCUGAGCUGCUGAAGGGGAGAAGGGGGAGAGAGAAGAGGGGGCAGCAAGGUGAUUUGCAAUUUAUCACACUGUGGUGAUAUUCAGGUGAAGAUUUCAGCUUUUGUGAGAGAGUUCUAUGACGUUGAUUCUCGCAGAGUUCUUUGAUUUUUACUGGAAAUGGCGCCUUUUGGGUGUAGACAUCCUGGUGCCAGCCUUACAGUCCCCAUGUACACUUGCAAACUGUAGUCUGGCUUUUUUAUGCCGGUUUUGGAGCAGUGGCUUAUUCCUUGCUGAGCAGCCUUUCAGGUUAUGUUGAUAUAGGACUCGUUUUACUGUGGAUAUAGAUACUUGUCUACCUGUUUCCUCCAGCAUCUUCACAAGGUCCUUUGCUGUUGUUCUGGGAUUGAUCUGCACUUUUCGCACCAAACUAUGUUCACCUCUAGGAGACAGAAUGCGUCUCCUUCCUGAGCGGUAAGAUGGCUGCAUGGUCUCAUGGUGUUCAUACUUGCAUACUAUUGUUUGUACAGAUGAACGUGGUACCUUCAGGCAUUUGGAAAUUGUCCAAGGAUGAACCAGACAUGUGGAUGUCCACAGUUUUUUUUUCUGAGGUCUUGGCUGAUUUCUUUUGAUUUUCCCAUGAUGUCAAGUACAGAGGCACUGAGUUUGAAGGUAUGCCUUAAAAUACAUCCACAGGUACUCUUCCAAUUAGCCUAUCAGAAGCUAAUUGGCUAAUUGUCUAAAGGCUUGACAUCAUUUUCUGGAAUUUUCCAAGCUGCUAAAAAGGCACAGUUAACUUAGUGUAUGUAAACUUCUAACCCACUGGAAUUGUGAUAUAGUCAAUAAAAAGUGAAACAAUCUGUCCUUAAACAAUUGUUGGAAAAUUAAUCGUGUCAUGCACAAAGCAGAUGUCCUAAAAGACUUGCCAAAACUAUAGUGUUAUUUUGAUAGGUUGUGCUUUUGUCAUUUAUUUUUUAUUUAUUUGUUAAUUAUGAUUAAAAAAAGGGAAUGUCCUGAUACUUCUA